CCUCUGUCCGUCAGGCGGCAGCACAUCCUCCGGAGGAAGAAAACGAAACUCCUCAAUGAGUUCACCUUCGGAUAAAUAGUUUGUCCCUUCUUCUUCUUAUUAAACAUCUGUCUGCUAUCUUUUACAACAUGAACGGCUCCCUGCCAUCCAACAUGUUGGACAUAAAGCUGAAGCGAGGCUCUGCGGGCUUGGGAUUCAAUAUAGUGGGGGGUAUGGAUCAGGAGUAUGUGCUGAAUGACAGUGGAAUAUACGUGUCCAAAAUUAAAGACGAUGGAGCGGCUGGUUUGGACGGACGACUCAAUGAGGGGGACAAGAUCCUGGCGAUAAACGGGGUGCAGCUGGAGGGUCUGACACACAAAGCCACGGUGGAUCUGUUCAGGAUGGCCGGAGAGGACGUGCAGCUCUUGGUUCUGAAAAGGCCUCCUCACUCAAACGGACCGCUGGGCUCAGGGCCCGAUCCCAACGCUCCGCUCUCGGCUCUGGGGAUCCUGGUUGUUUUAGCCGGAGCUGCAGCCCUCUGUGCUUUCAUUUACAUGCGGCAACAAAGGAGGCCCUUUUAACACAGCCUGUAUAAUAAAUCAUUUUUUAAAGAUGAAAAAAACAUUGCUAGAGGCCAAAGAAAAGAAAGAGGGAACAAACCAUAGAAGUUUUUUUUGUUGAUUAGCAGCUGUUGGACUUUCUCUAUAAAGGGAUGGUAGCUUCUUCACACCCUUCCCUAUGUAAACGAACGUACCCUAAAUAGUGAUUGUAAGGAGCAGAGGAAGGAAAAGCAUUCCUGCUGCCGGGCUGAGCUCAGGCAGAAACACACGGCCGCCGUACACAGAAAAAGUUUAUGCAGAAAAAUAUAAAUCCUCAAGCUUUAGGGUCAAUUUACAAACAGAAAAACAAACAUCUAAGUGGAAAACGCUUUACUUUCAGUUUGUUUGGGUUAAAAUAGGUAUGGUUUUCAUCUUGCACUGUUGCUCAGAAUCAUGGGAGGAGUUUAAAAAAAAAGCCUGCAGCUAAUGCGAUGAAUUGAAAUGGACUUCAGUGCUUUCUACCCAUUCCAAUUAUCAUGAUACAAAUGAAAAUCAACACCCAUAAUGGUGCAGGGUUGAGUCCUAAAAAACAGAAAAUGCUCUAUGGCACAGAGGCAUAAUAUCAGGCGUUAUUUCUUAGUAAAAUCACUUUAUUCUUGGUAUUCAGUGAGAAAAAUAUAGAUUAUCACCAGAUGUAUCCUUUAAUAAAGCAACAUAUCACCAGGUAUUUUCACGUUUAGUUCAUUAUUAUACAGUGUCACGCGGUCACUCAGGGUGAACCAUCAAAUCUUUAUAUGAGAAACAAAUAAUUCCUUAAGUAUAUAUUAUAAAGCGCUUUUGUAAUGGAGGAACAUUCUUGUGAAGGAUUGACAACUUGACACUAAGUGCAGUUUGAGCCAGUUCAAUGUAAAGGAGAGUUUUUUUUUUUUUAAAGAUUAGUUGCUGUCAAAAAUGUUUUUUUGCACUAGCCACAAUCAUGGAGCUCCUGCAGUAACUUCCAUAGAAAAGAUGAAUGAGUGAAUGGUCCACAUUUGUAGUUUGCAGUGCAAACAUCAUGUGUUUGUGUCUGACUGUACGUUGCUCCUCUUUGUAAAUAGAUGUCAUGUCGCUCUGCCGAGUGGGGUUGUGAAUAUGUGCAUUAUACCAGAAAAAAACACAGAUCAGAAGCACUAAUGAAUAAAUUAUGCAAAAUAUUGUGAUUAACAUUUAAGGAACCUACUGUAAUAAAAUUCAUGUUGAAUUCAUCUGU